CGUAGCAUGAAAAUCAACGAAAAUGUUCGUUUGGAAGGCCGCAGAUGCAUUUUAGUGCCGUACACGCGGAAGAUGGUUGAUACGUAUCACUCGUGGAUGGCGAAUUCGGAGGAAUUACGGGAGGAAACUGAAAGCGAGUUAUUGACACCUGAAGAAGAAUAUGAAAUGCAAACCGCGUGGUAUGAAGAUGUUGAUAAAAUUAUAUUCAUCGUUCUGGAUAAGUCUCGAAAGGCUGACCCAAGCCUUGGGGAAAUCGCUGCUGGUAUGUCGUCGCUGAAGAAGGGGACUGCUGAGAAAAGGUAUAUAACUGACUCGUUCUGA